AUGACUAGCUGUGCAAUUAUCAAAUCUCGAGAAGAUCAACAAUUAGAGGACUGUGUAAAAUGGGUUAAUUUAUUCCUGAAAGAUUUCAACGAAACAGACGUAUUUUACGAUUCGGGGUUUCUGGAUUUUAGUGAUGAAAAAAGUCUGGCUUGGGAUAUGCAUGGAACAAUGAUUAAUUACGAGAAAAUUAGAAGUGUCGGUGUCUGUGUCUAUCAUGAUCCAUGGCCAUUCCACGCGCAACAAGGAAAUCUUAGAGAUUGUUGGUUGAUAGCUGCGAUGAUGACGAUUCCGAGGAGAAGGAAACUGAUGGAAUGGAUAUUACCGGAGAAUGAGUUCUCGUUGAAGCAUGGAUUGUUUUUCGUUAGACUGUACAUCAAAAACGCCUGGACAGUAUACGUUGUUGACGGCCAUUUUCCUCGCCAGGAAUCCAAAUCCCGUUCCGAGUUUGCACGUCUAACUCGCAAGGAACUAUGGCCUGCAUUGAUUGAAAAAGCGGUCGCAAAAGUGUUGGGUGGGUAUCAUAUGCUUAACGGAGGAAAAACAAUGACCGCAUUCAAGUGUUUAACGGGCGACAGUUGUUGCUGGUAUGAAUUGGAUAAGGAGACGAAUCUCAACUUGUUAUGGAGAAGGCUUCAACAAUUUCAAUCUUCCGGAUAUCUUAUGACAAUCUCAACUCCCAAAGUCCCCGAUAGAACUCGGUUUGAUGAGAAAAAUCUAGGAACAGGACAUGGGUACUCCAUACUGGACACUGGUAUCCACGAAGGCCAUCGACUGGUUUUAAUUGGAUCCACUAAUAACAGGAAGUGGAAUGGAAAAUGGUCGGAGUUACCUGCUUACAACGAAGAAGUGACAAAAACGUGGAAUGAGUCCAGAAUGAAAAAAGUCAAUAGGCGAUUUUUCUGGAUGGAGAUAGAUGACGUAUGUGAAUGGUUCAACGGCCUAACAGUUUGCAAGUUUCGAGAAGGUUGGAAUGAGUUGAGAACUGGCAGGUGUCGAUGGAAGGAUCGAAAACAGGAAAGAGCGAUUCGUAUUCGUAUCAAAGAGCGAAUCAGGAUGACUGUCAAAUUGAUUGUUGAUUAUGGGAGUGAGGACACAAAGUAUAUCGGUAUCGGCUUAAUCAACAUUCAUACAAUCAACAAGAAUAAUAUACCCGAAUCCAUUGUUUUCUCUCAUAGUGUCGUGAUGACUUUCUUUGAAAAACAAGGGCAGGAAAUUGAGGAAAGCGAUCCGUUUUAUUUAGAGACUGGCGAGUAUCUCAUUGUGUUCAAUAACUUAUUCGAUACAUGCGUGUUUGAUUAUGAAUUGAUUCUUCGCAGCCCAACUCCAAUGAAUAACAUCUCCUACGAAUAUCUAACAUUUGAAAACGAUGAAGCUUCCGAUCGCUCAUUUCAGAGGAUGAUCACCGACGGGGCUCGACCUCCUAUAGAACUUCGAAACGGCUUAUUUCUUCAAGAGUAUUCGAAAGGGAACUUGCUGAUUUUGAUUGCGAAGAAUCACACCAAGGAAUCGAUCAAUAUGAGUCUCAUCGCUAAGCCAGAUUUCAAAGCCAUUAUAACUAUCAGAAUGAAUAUAGAUAAUUGUUUGGCUAGAGACAAAACGUUAAUGCCAGCUAAAUACUUGAAAAUUCGUCCAAAACGCCUAUAUAUCCUCGGCGUCAUGUGGUCAUUUUCGAUGAGUUUGGAAAACGAGUCGCGGUUGAGUUGUUUGUAUUGCGUUCGGACUCAGGAAGAGAAGAUCAAGAAUGAUAAGGAGACUAACAAAAAAAGAGUAAUAGAAUAUUGGAAACAAAAAGAAGAAUUGGUAGGAGCGAAGAAACAGAAGACGUCGGGGGAUUCAGAAGACAUUGAGGAUCCCCCAAGGCCGGAGGGAUCGAAUGAGUUUAGUGACGAGUGGCUGAAGGAUAUCGAGGAGUAUGAUGGAUUCGAGGAUUCAGAGUAUUCAGAAGCCGACGAUCAACCAAGAAAUGGUAACUGUGACCUAAUUGCUCGAUUUGAGGAGUGGAUGAGAGACAACCAAGAUAAGGAAAUCGAGGAAUACGAAGGAUAUCAGGAUCUUGUUGCUAUUUUUAAAUUUUAUAAGUGA